AUGAGUGACGAUAUACUAAGUUCACUAUUUGAUCCACCUUUGACUCCCUCAUCAGCCUCUAGAUCUAACUCUACAUCUUUUUUAUAUGAUAUGGCUCUGAUGAGUGAUAAUAGUGUAGAAAAUGACAAGAUUAUCGAGUUUUCUAAUACUAUUAUAGAGAAAUCGAGUGAGAUUGUAGAGUCCACAAUCAGAAAUGAGACUAUAACACCCGAGAUCCAGAAUAUAAUUGCAAGUGUACAUUUACAAUGUGAGUUAGAUUUGAGGAUGAUAGCAAUUAGCGCUAGGAAUGCAGAGUAUAAUCCUAAGAAGGUUAAUGCAGUUGUAAUGAGACUAAGGGACCCCAAAUGCACGGGUCUACUAUUUAGGAGUGGGAGAUUAAUGAUAACAGGAGCAAGACUAGAGAAUGAUGCUAGGUUAGGUGGAAAGAAGAUGGCUAAGAUUUGCCAAAAAAGUGGAUUUCCAAAAGUAAAAUUCACAAACUUUAAAAUGGAGAACAUUAUAGCGACAGCUGAUUGUAAGUUUCCGAUAAGACUUGAGGGAUUGGCUUAUGACCACAGAGACUUUUGUAAUUAUGAACCUGAAUUGUUUCCUGGUUUAGUUUAUCGUUAUCAUCCAGAUAAUUCUCCAACUAAAGCUGUUUUGCUAUUAUUUGUCUCUGGUAAAGUAAUUGUUACAGGAUGUAAGAAUUACCAAGAAAUCUGUAAUGUUUUUGAUAACAUUUAUCCGGUUCUUUGUCAGUACAGAAAGUAA